GAAAACAUGCUGUUACCGGAGAGGACAGUAACUGAUUCUCUUCAUUCAGCUCUUUCUUCAGUUUUGAAUCUCGCCAGCACAGAAGACCCUCCUCAUCUAAUUCUCUGUAUGCGGCCACAGAAGAAAGAAUUGAUUAACGACUAUGACAGCAAAUCCGUCCAAAUCCAGCUCCACGCUCUCAAUGUUCUAGAAACAAUUCUUAUCCGUCAGUUUGGAUUUGCUCGGCGUAUUUCGUUUGUCGACUUUCUUAAUCGAUAUCAGUAUCUGGCUUUUGAUUUUAACGAAAACGUUGAGUUAACCAAGGAAAACUGUCGUUUGCUGCUACUUCGACUCAAGAUGGAUGGAUGGACCUUAGGGAAAAAUAAGUUAUUAAUAUCAGACAGUAGCAGAAAUCUCUAA